AUGUCAUCUCCGUCGGAUUCCUCUUCCUGCACAUCUGAAAGUGGUCUAGAAAGUUUUACAGUUGACGAAGUGAUGGGGGAAUUGUCUGAAUUUGCGCCGUACGACGACAGUUGCGAACCCCUUGCUACCGAGGGAGAAGCCGCGGACUACAACGAAAGAGUUCAUCGCGAAGAAGAAGAGGAACAACAGUUUCAGCGAAGAUAUUCGGGAGAGGUGCCAGCGAAUGAAUGGUAUGGUAUUAUCAUGGAAUGUAGAUUUAUAUUUUUUUUUUCCAAUUUCAACAUACCCGUCAUUAAAUCGUGCGCGUGAGGAACGCGACUGUGUUUUGUUUAAGUUUACAAUUUCGUUGCUAUGUGAUUAACUGUAGUCCUGAUUUUAUGCGAUAGUUUUAUUGAAGAGGUCAGACAAUUAAUAAUUUUAUACAGACGUAUUUUUUUUGUGUUUGACGAAUUUUUCACAUUAUUUUGCAGGUGUUGGUGCUCGAACUGCUCUGUCAGCCUUGUUACAAAAGCGCAGGAGUGCAUUUGCUGCAAAGAGAUCGAUCGCUGCGAAGAGAUCAUGGAAGAAGCCAUUGGAGACCGGACCUUAUGCAUAACCCUCCAUCCAGGGUUUGAAAGCGUCUGCUUAAACCGCCACGUAUUAGAAGUGGCUGCACUGGGCCUAAAAACGCGAGCUGGAAAGUCGUACACAACUGUUCGUGGGCAAAGCAACAAAAGUGAUAAUGAGUAAGUUGGGGUAUUGUUGACUUUGUAUCGGAACGAUCGAACCGUACAUAGCAUUGAAUAAUUGAUACAUCUAAGCUUAUCGCCGUGGACUGAUCUCAUAGAAUCACAUUUUUUAUUUUCUAAAUGGCUUUAUUGCCCCAACUGCUUAUUUUUAAAAGGAGUAUUUAUUUAUCUCCAUCCAAUCCCUCCUUGAAUUAACAGUGAUCUCAUUUCUCUAACUAGAUUCCUGAGGUCUGUGGCCUAUCGCCAAUUUACAAGACCGCUGUGGAGUUAUAUUGGUAGUUCCAGGCGAUACCCCUUGCCCUGUUGUGCCUACAAUAAAAUCAGGAAACAAUUUCCGAGUCAAAAUGGCCAUUAUCGUGGAUUCGAAGAUGAAGAAAAUGAAUAA